UUCCUGAGUUUGUCUACCCAGAAAACCCUCGCAAUGUGUGACCUGUUCCUGGGAACGUGGAAACUCAGCUCCAGUGAAAAAUUUGAUGACUACAUGAAAGAGCUGGGUGUGAGUUUAGCCACCAGGAAACUGGGCAGCCUAACCAAACCCACUGUGACUAUCAGCAUUGAUGGGGAUGUGCUAACAAUCCAAACCAAGAGCACUUUCAAAAGUACUGAGGUCUCCUUCAAGCUUGGGGAGGAGUUUGAGGAAACUACAGCAGAUGACAGAAAAACAAAGAGUAUUGUAACCUUAGAUGAUGGCUCACUGACUCAGGUGCAGAAGUGGAAUGGCAAGGAGACUACAAUAAAGAGAAGAUUAGUGGAUGGGAAGAUGGUGGUGGAAUGUACCAUGAACAACAUCACAUGCAUCAGAAUAUAUGAGAAAGCAAGAGGACAUUAAUCCCAGCCCACUGGACUAGAAACUCACUGAGAUGGCUCUUGACAAGAAAGCUUCAGUAUAAGCUUCUGUUUCCAACUCAAGUGUGU